AGCCGCUGAAGCAUUUUCAGCGCAAUAUCCCGCCCGCAUUCCAGACAUGCCGCGAGUCAAGACCGGUCAUGUUGCGCGAGCAACAUGUGCUGCGGCGGUAAUAUGUCUGUACUUCUUUUACACGAACCCCUGGUCGUCGUCGACAUCGAAAGCUGGGGUGUGGCGUGGGGGCGGGGCGGAUGUCUUUCAUCAUGUCAACAUGUUCAUUGGGACUAUCAAUGGAGGACAUGCUUUCCCAGGAGCCUCGUUACCUUAUGGCAUGGCAAAAGCUUCUGCAGACUGUAUCGGCGAAGCUCAUGGGGGAUUUGCAUCAGAUGGAAGUGACAUAUCUGGAUUCAGUCAUAUGCACGACUCAGGAACAGGUGGAACAAUAUCCCUUGGAAACUUUCCCAUUUUCCCGCAGUACUGCGAAGAUGAUGAUGUAUCGAAGUGCAGGUUCACCAAAAGUCAACGUGUAGUUGGACGAGGCAAAUAUGAUGCCUCACCAGGCUAUUUUGACAUCACUUUGGCUGAUGGUAUUCGUGGAGAGGCCACUGUCACAGCACAUACUGCACUGUAUCGAUUUACAUUUCCGAAAAAUGUAUCCACUGCUGGGGCGCCUCUUCAUCCCGUUAUAACUCUCGAUCUGAACGACCUCGCCAACACGCGGAACGGCGAUGCAAAAGCGUCAGUCGAUCCCAAGACUGGCCAGAUUCAAGGAAGCGGUAUUUUCUCACCCAGUUUCGGAACUGGAAAAUAUGAAGCUUUCUUCUGCAUGGACUUCAAUGGUGUAGAUUUACCAUCUAGUUCGAUCUGGGAAGGUAUUGGAACUCUUGUCAACACCACGACGAAAGACUUUGCGGGAUUUACUUCUGGUGGGACACUAUCUAUGUUCAAUACGCCGCGAACUAAUGGUCAGAUUGUGGUCCGAAUUGGCCUAAGUCUCAUCAGUUCCAGUCAAGCCUGCCGUAAUGCAGAUGCCGAGAUACCGCGUUUUGAAUUCAGUAAAGUGAAGAAAGCAGCCGAGGACGAAUGGAGAAAGAAGUUUGAUGUUAUCAAGGUGAUUCCUGGGGGCAUCGACAAAGACCUGGAAACCAUUUUCUGGAGUGGUUUCUAUAGAACAAUGAUCAGCCCUCAGGACUACACAGGCGAGAAUCCACUAUGGAACUCGACGGAGCCCUACUUCGACAGCUUUUACUGCAUCUGGGAUUCAUUCAGAUCUCAGCAUCCAUUUCUUACUCUGGUUGAUCCGAUUGAGCAAUCGAGGAUGGUUCGAGCACUAAUCGAUAUCUGGAAAUUUGAAGGUAAACUACCAGACUGUCGAAUGAGUUUAUGCCAAGGCUUUACUCAAGGAGGCUCGAAUGCAGAUGUCGUCCUAGCCGAUGCGUAUGUCAAGAAGCUGGGCGGAAACAUUGACUGGGAUUUAGCCUAUCGAGCAGUUGUCUCGGAUGCCGAGGACGAGCUGGAGACAUGGAACUAUGCUGGACGAGGAAGUCUUCACAGUUGGAAGCGACUGAACUUCAUUCCCAUACAUGACAAGGAUGAUCAUGAAUCAGGACUCAAAACACGCAGUAUUUCUCGAACAGUCGAGUUUGCUUACAAUGACUUCUGUAUUGCUGGGAUGGCGGCGGGAUUGGGUCAUGAGGAUGAUAGUAGGAAGUAUCUCAACAGGGCUGAGAACUGGCGCAAUUUGUUCAAGUCGGACCAGAACUCGUCGAUUGAUGGUGUGGAUACUGGGUUUGUGGGGUUCCUGCAGCCACGCAAUGCCGAUCUAACAUGGGAAGAGCAAGACCCCGCUCGCUGCUCACCACUGCUAAAGCCCGACUCAUGUUAUCUCGAUAGCGGCGGUGGAGAAACAUACGAAGGCGCUUGCUGGCUCUACACUUUUUUCGUCCCUCAAGACAUGGCAGCGCUCGUCACCCUUCUAGGUGGGCCUGACGAGUUCACCAAACGGCUCAACUUUCUUCACGAAAGUGGACUUUUGUAUAUGGGUGACGAGCAGGCUUUCCUGACCGUGUUUCUAUACCACUACUCCGGCCGUCCAGGACUGAGUGCGAAACGUGCACACGCAUACAUUCCAAAAGAAUUCAACAACACUAUCAACGGCAUCCCAGGCAACGACGACUCUGGAGCUAUGGGCUCAUUUGUUACUCUCACUAUGAUGGGAGUAUUCCCUAAUCCUGGCCAGGACGUAUAUUUCAUCACACCUCCGUUCUUCCAGGAGAUCAGUGUCCUGAAUGCUCAGACAGGAAAGACGGCAACGAUUAAGAAUAUCAAUUUUGAUCCUGAAUACAAGAAUACUUAUAUUCAAAGUGCGAUGAGAGAUGGAAAGGCUUGGACAAAGAAUUGGAUUGAUCAUAGCUUUUUUGCGGAGGGAGGAGUACUGGAGUUGACGCUUGGGCCGGAGGAAAGUAAGUGGGGAACGAGGAAAGAGGACCUACCGCCAAGUAUGAGCACGAAGGCAAAAGAGAAAUCAUGAGAAUGGGUUUAGAAUAUUGCUACAUCCCAAAUACUUCAUCAAAUACUGCUUGGCCAGUAGGCACUCAUAAGAAGGAGAAGAGAAAUCGAGGCUUCCAGGAAUUGGCAUCAACUCUUUCAUGGGAGCUUUGCAUUGGUCUCCGAUCAGUGCAGGUCACUUACCAUACCUAUCAUCGCUCCCAGAAGUCUUAUGUUCUGGGAGCCAUGAACGUAAUCUGUUGUGUUUGAGAACAACCGAGAGUGAACUUGGUCGCUGUUCGUCGUCAGGGACGACACUUACCGAUAUCCACCUGAUUUGUAUUCUGACACGAGUUCCACAUUGAGUGGCUGCAACAUUACACCUGAUUGUGAGGAUUUGCUGGUGAUUUGGAGGCUGGGGUUGCAAAGUUUUAGCGAGAAGUAAGAAACUUCAGCACGGCAAGCACAGUGCCUUUCAGUUAGGUGCGGGGUAAUGGCGGGGUAAUGGCGGGGUAAUUUCAGCACGAUGGGUCGCUGGAAAACAACCAUGCGAGCCCCUAUUGAAUAACGACUUAUGCUCGCGAAGGACCUCCGAUCCAGAGCAAGAAUAUCAAAGGC